UUUAUUUUAUUUUAUUUUUUUAAUUUUAUUUUUUGGUUUUUCGAGACAGGAUUUCUCUGUAUAGCCCUGGCUGUCCUGGAACUCACUUUGUAGACCAGGCUGGCCUCGAACUCAGAAAUCCGCCUGCCUCUGCCUCCCGAGUGCUGGGAUUAAAGGCGUGUGCCACCAUGCCCGGCUUGGUCAUUUAUUUUUUUAAUAUUAAAGUGAUCCAAUUUUUUUUUUUUUUUUGGGCAAGCUUUUAACAAGAACUGAAUCUUUUGUUUGUUUGUUUUGUAUUUGUUUUUUGAGACAGUCUUACUGUGAAGCUCUGGCUUACUAUCCCUCUGCCUCAUCCUCAAAAGUAGUUGGAGUUACAGAUGUAGGCCACAUGGACGAGGCGUUUCUGCGUCAUAGCUAAUUCAUAUACUCCUCACCACAGACUGCAGAUUUAAGUAACCAUGUCUCAAGAUUGGGGCUUUUUUUUUUUUUCAGAUGAAGAAAUCCAAAUUUAGUUGUGGCAAAGUAACUUGCUUUAAGUAUAGGGUAAAGAGUCAGGAUUAGCAUAGUCCCCAGACAAUCUGUAUCCUGAUCAGGCUUAAGCUCUUUUGUUCUACUCUCUCUCCUGUGUACGGAGGUAAACAGUUAAAUAACUCCUCCUCUCUUUUCUUCUUUGCAGAGCCUCUCUCUCUCUCUCUCUCUCUCUCUCUCUCUCUCUCUCUCUCUCUCUCCAUGUGUGUGUGUGUGAGACUUUUUAAAAACAAAAAACAACUAACCCCACAUCCCACAUAUUUCUUAAUAUUUUUCUCUAACACAAGGUAUUUCCCUUAAAUACCACCUGCCUCUGCUUUCCAAGUGCUGGGAUUAAAGUUUCUUUCCCUUUUCAAGAAUAACAGACACUGCUGUGAGUCUUAUUUUGCUGAGUCUUCUAUCUGGAUUCAUGCUGGAAACAUGUAGACUUUUUUUGUUGUUUUGUUUUUCAAGACAGGGGUUCUCUUUAAAGCCCUGGCUGCCCUGGAACUCACUCUGUAGACCAGCCUGGCCUUGAACUCAGAAAUCCACCUGCCUCUGCUUUCCAAGUGCUGGGAUUAAAGGCAUGCGCCACCACCACUGCAGGCACAUGUAGACUUUUUAAGAGAUAAUACCUUGUGUUGGACUGGACCCCACAGUUCUUUAUAAUUAUUACAAAGUGUCACCUAAGAUAUGGAAUGGAUGGAGCAAAACCGAAACCGUUGAGAUCAUAACACGGACUGGAAACCAAGCAGAAAGCCUUGUUUUUAAAAGGCAAAUGGCUACGUGCGGGUUUCACAAUCAGGAGAGUUGGACGAGGAGACAGACGCCUGGGCGACCGCGCCCCGCUUCUGGAUAGGAGCUGCAUUCCCUAUUGUGGGCUCAAGAGUCGGAUCCUUGAGAACCCUUCCGAGUCCCCCGAGAGCCAGGCCAUCAGAUCGUCCCCAGAGCAGUCUUUGUAAAAGGCGUGGGGCGGGCAGCGCGCAGGGGUCACCGAAGGCGACCCUGUUUCCCCUCCAUGCGAGCGUUCCCCAGAACCCUCCCGCCCGCAUCACCACCACGGGUGGCGCCGGGGUCCCCAGACCCACCUUCAGCCUGGUGACAAGGCGACCAAGGACAGCCGCAGGGAGCUAGGCCACUGGCGCCGGCGGAAGCCGUGACCUAAGGAGCUGCCACUCGCCGCGCCAGCCCUGAUGAGAGGGGGUGGCGUCGGCAAACCGGCGCUUCUCUCUCCCUUCUCACGCGCGAAUCCCGUACAUCUUAAGCUGUGAAUGAUCGCGACACGUUUUGAAUAAGACGUGGAUCCAGGCUGACAAGGCCCUUUUAGCUACCCAUUACUGGACCAGAAAGAUGACAUCUAUCAUCAAGUUAACCACCCUCUCUGGGGUUCAAGAAGAGUCCGCUCUUUGCUAUCUUCUCCAGGUUGAUGAGUUUAGGUUUUUGUUGGACUGUGGCUGGGAUGAACACUUCUCUGUGGACAUUAUUGAUUCCCUGAGGAAGCAUGUUCACCAGAUCGAUGCAGUGCUCCUGUCUCAUCCUGAUCCACUCCACCUCGGUGCCCUCCCAUUCGCCGUGGGGAAGCUGGGUCUAAACUGUGCCAUCUAUGCAACAAUUCCUGUGUAUAAAAUGGGCCAGAUGUUCAUGUACGACCUCUAUCAGUCUCGACACAAUACAGAAGAUUUUACCCUCUUUACAUUGGAUGAUGUGGAUGCAGCCUUUGACAAAAUACAGCAGCUGAAGUUCUCUCAGAUUGUGAACCUGAAAGGCAAAGGACAUGGUUUGUCUAUCACACCCCUGCCAGCUGGUCAUAUGAUAGGAGGGACAAUAUGGAAAAUAGUCAAAGAUGGAGAAGAAGAAAUUGUGUAUGCCGUGGACUUCAACCACAAGAGGGAGAUCCACUUAAAUGGAUGUUCCCUGGAAAUGCUAAGCAGACCCUCUCUACUUAUCACAGACUCAUUUAAUGCUACUUACGUGCAGCCUAGAAGGAAGCAGAGAGAUGAGCAGCUCCUGACAAACGUCCUGGAAACGCUUCGGGGCGACGGGAACGUGCUGAUAGCUGUGGACACAGCAGGCAGAGUUCUGGAGCUUGCUCAACUCCUGGAUCAGAUUUGGAGAACUAAAGAUGCCGGGUUGGGCGUUUACUCGCUGGCUCUCCUGAACAACGUCAGUUACAACGUGGUGGAGUUUUCUAAGUCGCAGGUAGAAUGGAUGAGUGAUAAAUUGAUGAGAUGUUUUGAAGACAAAAGAAAUAACCCAUUUCAGUUUCGCCAUCUCUCUCUGUGCCACGGUCUUUCUGACUUGGCUCGAGUUCCAAGCCCCAAAGUUGUACUUGCCAGCCAGCCUGACCUGGAGUGUGGAUUCUCAAGGGACCUCUUUAUUCAGUGGUGUCAGGACCCUAAAAACUCAAUCAUUCUAACUUAUAGGACAACUCCGGGGACUUUAGCACGUUUCUUAAUCGAUAAUCCUACUGAGAAAGUUACAGAAAUCGAGCUGAGGAAACGUGUGAAGCUUGAAGGGAAAGAACUUGAGGAAUAUGUGGAAAAAGAAAAACUCAAGAAAGAAGCUGCUAAGAAACUGGAGCAGUCGAAAGAGGCAGACAUCGACUCCAGUGACGAGAGUGACGUGGAGGAAGACGUGGACCAGCCAUCGGCUCACAAGACAAAGCACGACCUGAUGAUGAAGGGGGAAGGCAGCCGCAAAGGGAGCUUCUUCAAACAGGCCAAGAAGUCCUACCCCAUGUUUCCUGCCCCAGAGGAAAGAAUUAAAUGGGACGAGUAUGGCGAGAUCAUCAAACCAGAAGAUUUCUUAGUGCCAGAACUUCAGGCUACUGAAGAAGAAAAAAGCAAAUUAGAAUCUGGCUUGACAAAUGGAGAGGAACCCAUGGACCAGGACCUGUCUGAUGUUCCCACCAAGUGUGUUUCUGCAACAGAGUCUAUUGAGAUAAAAGCCAGAGUUACUUACAUAGACUAUGAAGGACGCUCCGAUGGAGACUCCAUUAAAAAGAUCAUCAAUCAGAUGAAGCCACGGCAGCUCAUCAUUGUCCACGGCCCACCAGAGGCCAGCCAGGAUCUGGCCGAGUGCUGCCGUGCGUUUGGUGGGAAAGAUAUUAAAGUGUACAUGCCAAAGCUGCACGAGACCGUCGAUGCCACCAGUGAAACGCAUAUCUACCAGGUAAGAUUAAAAGACUCACUUGUCAGCUCCCUUCAGUUCUGUAAAGCUAAAGAUGCCGAGUUAGCUUGGAUAGAUGGCGUCUUAGACAUGAGAGUUUCCAAAGUGGACACGGGAGUUAUUUUAGAAGAAGGAGAGCUCAAGGACGAUGGAGAAGACUCUGAAAUGCAAGUGGAUGCUCCAUCCGAUUCUAGUGCCAUGGCCCAGCAGAAGGCCAUGAAGAGUCUGUUUGGAGAGGACGAGAAAGAGUUGGGUGAGGAGACUGAGAUCAUCCCCACGCUGGAGCCUUUGCCACCUCACGAGGUUCCUGGACAUCAGUCAGUUUUUAUGAAUGAACCAAGACUGUCUGACUUCAAGCAAGUUCUUUUGCGGGAGGGGAUUCAAGCGGAAUUUGUAGGGGGCGUACUUGUCUGCAACAAUCAAGUAGCAGUUCGCAGAACAGAAACUGGACGCAUCGGAUUAGAAGGCUGCCUUUGUCAAGACUUUUAUAGGAUACGAGACCUUUUAUAUGAACAGUAUGCCAUUGUGUAAAGGACAUGAUGUCAAGAUGUGUCUGCUUGACCUUUCUCAGGAAGAAAGGAUUCUCAUCUGAGGCUAAACUUUUGCUGUCUUGUUUUGUAACAUACAAAAAGAAUCUGCCAGAAAACGUGAGCAUGUACUAGAUUUUGAAAAAUAUGAAUCAAGGGCCUGGGGUGUAGCUCAGUGGUAGAGCUCUUGCCUAGCAUGUGCAAGGCCCUAGGUUUGAUUCUCUGUCCUGAAUAAAGAAAGAAAGAAAAUGUAAAUAGAACCUAUUUUGUAAAUGCUCUUGCCUAGCUCUGAAUGCUAGAGGCCCAACGAAGAGACAGGCCCAGAGCCAAGGGGAUUGGUGUCCUCUGCAGGUCCCUUGUUCCAAGAGCUCAUUACUUGAAGAAGAAAAAGGAGAAAACAAACAAACAAACAAAAGAACAGUGCAACUUAGCAAACCUGUUGAUGGCCUUACAGAAACUGGUGUGUGCACAUUUGUGUGGACAGUUUCUUGUGUUUUCUGGAAUAAGAAGGGAGAAUUGUAUAGAAAGAGUAUGCUAUGUACGAUAAAAGAAGCCUCGUGGAACAUUUUUCUUGAGAAGGGGUGACGUGCGGCUGCUCCUGUGAGCUCUGCUCCUCGUGGAGCCCUCUCUACCUGUGCAGUGGGAGGCAGUACACAGUUAGUUUAGAAACACAUUUUUAUUUCUCCCAUUUCUUGUUUAUUAAGAUUUUUGUUGUUGUUCACUUUGAAUUUAUAACCUCAUCAUUUGAAUAAAUGUUAUCUAAAAGAAAGCCUCUAAGCUGAGUGUGGUACGUGCGCUUCUAAUCCCAGCACUCAGGAGGCUGGUGUAGGAGGACUGUGAAUUAGAGGCCAGCCUGAGCUGCAUGGUUAGAGCCUGUCUCAGCCAGCAAGAGGAGAGCCUGCUGUGUUACCAGGUCUGUACAUAUUUUAUUUAGACUCAUCUUAACUAUUGGUCCGGUAACUGUCUCUGAAACCAUCCAAUGCUCGGUCUUUUUAAAAAGCAAAUGUGGAAGCUCGCAUUUUUAUAAGGUAACAGUGUGAUUUAAUUAAAGGUUGUAAAUGGUUUCCUUUCUGAACUUGUUUUUUAAGUUUAUGUAAACAGUGGUUGGAUUUUAUGCUUAUUUUUACAAAAAUAGUACUGAACCUGGGGAAUUGCCACCCUCGAUACAGUACAAAUGAAUUCUGUUGGAGAGUAAAAACUGAAAAUAUGUAAUUCUGUUGACUUGAACAAUGAACCAUGCUGUCCUGUUGUAGUUUCCCAGACUAAUUUUUAGAAAGUAGCAUGAACAAGGCAAUCCUUGAUGCCUUACGUGGAAGCCGUCUUCUCUACACUUAGCACUCAGAGAGGCCUCACUCUUGUUUAACUUUGGAACUAUGUCUAUUUCAACCCAGUGAUCUGCUAUCGGUCUAGAAUUAGUCUUUUAUUCAGCUUCAUGUGCUAACAGAACCUUCUCUUGUGGAUUAUAGCCCUGAAGCAAAGUUUGUAGCCUUUUGAUACUGAAAACCAGAUGCACAAAAUAGUGUUGCAGAGAUGAGUGUAAAGAGCGUAUUGUCCUUUUAUCAGCCAUGAAACAUUCCUCUUUCACUCCUGUUACUAGAUAGAGGAGGCCUAUAAUUAUAUUUCCAUUCCAGGGGAAGAAAUCCUGCGGUUGUUACAUGCUAUAAAGCUCUGCAUAUACCUAUUACAUGGUAAUUAUAUCUAAAACUAUUUCUUGCCUAACCUUUCUGCUGACCUACGAACAGGAAUCAGACUUUAAAAUAUUCCUUGAAGAUGAUUGUUGUACAAUAAUGUCAUUGGAGAGCAAUCCAACUGCCUGUGUCUAGAUGACAUCAUCCAAAAAUUCCUGAAAUGGAGACCUUCACUCUAGCCUCAGCUACUUAAGAAAAGCAUGACUUCUAAAGACAACAGUGAGAUAAGUCAUGAGAGCAGAGAGAGUCUCAGAUGCAAGAAUAAACACAGGGUGUGAGACACCAGUCGAUAACUGCACAUAGUUUUCUUAUAAAGAAAUUGUAUCUGGGCACGGCACGGUGGCACAUACCUGUAAUUUCAUCAACUUCAUUCAAACUUGGCUGAAGGCCAGUCUGGACCACAUACGACCCUGCUUCAAAAGAAGGAGAAAGGGGAUGGGGACAUAGGUCGGUGGAAGAGUGCUUACCUAGCAUGUGUGAGGCCCUGGGUUUGACCCCCAGGUCUAGAGGUUGGGGGGUUACUUAGUGUAUCUGUUGCUGUAUGGUUAUACAUUUUUGCAAUUAUUCCUAUAUUUUUGUGACUCCGUAGGUGACCUGAGACAAUAAAGAAGAAAUUAGUUUGUA